UUUGUGAACGAGAGUAGUUCUGUAACGGUCAUUUGUAGCAGCCAUUUUGUACCAGUGUUUCAUUCCGCAUUAAACGUUAUUUUUUGCAAAACCGCAGUACUUUCAUAUUUUUACAGUCCAUUAAAGAUCGACAAACAUCUGGUCCGUCGAGGCGGAUCAAGAAGAAAAGAGAGACAACUUCGCAAGCAAAUAAGAUUGGGUCAAACUUCAUUAAGUCACCUAUCCAAGGUAGGAGGAAUUUACCUGUCCGUUAUACGUGGUAGACAGUUUAAAAUGGAUCAACUCGAGAAAUUAAAGAAAAAGCGCGCUUCGAUAAGAGCUAGUGUGACGAAAUUAAUUAGUAAAAUCGAUAGUUUAAUUGAAAGCGACGAUAGAGAGACAGAAACUCAUCUAGAAAUACUGGAUCAGUUGAGUCGAAAGGAAGAGUCAUUGAGAACCUUAAACGGGGAGAUUGAGGGUUUCAUUACUAGCCCAACUGAUUAUGACACUGAGAUAGUCAAUAGUGAAGAAUAUGAGGACAAAAUUAUAAGUUGUAAAUUUAAGAUCCAGUCUCGUAUUAAACGAUUAGAAGCAGAUUCGUCCGUGGUCACGGUGACUCAGGGCCCCGUAGUUCGAAAUAAUUCCGCUAAUAUUAAGUUGCCGGAGAUUCCUCUACCGAAAUUCUCUGGAAAAUAUGAAGAAUGGAGUAACUUUAAAAUGCAAUUUGAUAAUAUCAUUUCGUCAAACGAGCAACUGUCGGCAGAACAAAAACUACAUUAUUUGAAGGCUGCUCUCGUAGGGGAAGCUAAGAGUUUAGAAACGUUAAACGAUUCGUUUGCUUCAUUGUUUCAAGCGCUACAAGAAAGGUACGAAAAUAAGAAAUUAAUAGUAGAAACCCAUGUUAAUGCGAUUCUGGACUCUGUAAAAUUACCUUAUGAGUCAGCAAGGGGUUUGAGGAGUUUAAUUGAUAGCAUCAAUAGAAAUAUGCGAGCACUAAAAGUCCUANAUAUAAAUAUAGUUUUAAGGAACAUUAGAAUUUAUUUUUAA